AUGGUCAAAAAACAAAGGGCAACAGCAGAAACAACGUACACUUACAAGAUAUUAUUUCCAAAGAGUGAAUCCCCUUUCUUUGCCUUUUACUUCACCUUUCUCAUUAUCUUCGUCAUCCUCAUUUCAAACCAAUCCGAUUCUCUACCUGCAGAUGAAACUGCACUAGAUAGCCGAGAUGAGCAUCAGCUCACUGUUAGUGACGAAAGUGAACCUCAGAUUAACAAGAAAUUUCGAAUUGAGAAGUGGCUAGAAAGAGGAACAAGACGUAAAAUGGAAGAUAGAAGACGUAGAGAGGAAGAUAAGAGACGUAAAAAGGAAGAUGAAAAACGUAAAAAGGAAGAUGAAAAACGUAAAGAGGAAGCUGAUAAACGAGAAGAAGAAGAUAAAAUACGUGAAGAGGGAGAUAAAAGACGUGAAGAGGAAGAUGAAAAACGUAAAGAGGAAGAUGGUCGAUAUUAG